AUGUCCGCCGCCGCCAAGGCGGCAACGACGUCCGUCGUGGCGCCUCGUGGGGUCUCACGACGCAAGGAGGCAAAGGCGGCGCGGGGAGGAGUAGACGGUGCAGAGCAACGCGAUGCUGCAGCGGACAUUUUAAACGACGGUGGCGACUCUACGGAAGGGGACCACUACAAUAACGUUACGCUUGCGGGGAGAGGCGAGGAGGACGGCAAGGGGCGCACGGGGGCGAGGCAGUCUGAGCGAGCAGGGAGUGAUGGCAGCGGCGAUGGCAGCAGCCUCGGGAGGCACAGGGCCGUGCUGCCACACAGUUCGCCGAGAGCCUUGCAUGUGAACGGCGCUUCUCCGCGUGCAAUUGGGCGCGGCGCCACGUGGAGCACCGGCAGCCACUCCAUUAGUAGAGGCGGUGGCGGUGGUGGGAGGAAUGAUUGGGCGGGUGUGGAAAGCAGUCGAACCUUCGCGAACAAGGGCAUAAAGCUUGCCUGGGCCGGCCUAGAUUCCAUAUUUCACAGUGGGCCCUCCAUAAUGCGGCGCAGCAGGUCGGUGCGGGACGGAGACGACGAGCAUCACAUGAUGAGAACCCGCAACCAGGGCUUGCAUCGCCGGGCUGCAGGAGGUGAUAGUCAUGGGGAUAGGGGUUCUCCUCCCUCCCUUGACCUGGGCGCUGCUGCUGCUGACAGUGUGGUUAGUUGCUAUGGUGGGCUGAGAGGCCAUAGAUCGGACAGGCUGGCAGUGCAAGGGGAGGGAUGGGAGGAGGAUGAGAAAAAACGGUCCGAGUCUGGGCAUGGCAGCAGGUUGCUCUUCACACCGCCUAUGCUGCGCACAGCGCACUGCCCCGUCCCGCCCGUACCCAUGUGCUGCCCGCCUCGUGCUUCCCGGCCCGCGCUACACGCCCCGUUCCGCGCAGCCCGGCCCGCGCUACCCGCCCCGUUCCACGCAGCCCGCCCAGCGCUACCCGCCCUGCGCGCUGCCCGCCUCGUGCUGCCCGGCCCGCACUACCCGCCCCGUUCCGCGCUGCCCGCCCCACUCUACCCGCCCCGUCCCGUCAAUAGCAGCAGCUAUUGGCUCCCCGCGCAGCAGCAACUGCGCGCGCAACAAGCAGCUGCACGCGCCUGCCACCCCGCGCGCAACAGCGGCCGCACGCACAGCGGCAACCGCUAG